GCUAGCCAUCGACCUUUUUUCAAAGGCACUUCUCACAUCGCCCACGUGCGCCUCCAUAUCUCCCAUCGUCAACUCUCUACUUGUAGACGUUAGCAGCUUGCUUCAGCCUCUUUAUCAGCGUCCUCCAAGGCUACAGUUACAGCGCAUCAGCCCCGAGUACCGAGUACAAGAACUCCGUACUCAUCCUCCAUCCUCAGUGCGUUGUAUCGAUUGGUCCUCGCAUCGCCCUCGUCCGGACCCAGUUCCCACCAAAAUCAUUCGAUUACUACUUGCACUCGUCCUGCAUCGCAUCACGGAAUACUCGCAUAUCCCGCGCUCGCCCGCGUCUGAUCUGACAGGGUUCCCACGCUGAGAAGAGGAGGAAGAGAAGGAAACCCACUCGUCACCGAACCUGUGGGCUGAGCGCUGGGUGGCUCGGUGGCCAUCAUCCAAGCCACGAUUUUCCCUUGCCUGCGGCACUAGUGGCAGGAAAACUCUCUUAACUGGGACGCUGUCGCUGGCACCUCCGAAGCUUCCUCACUCAGCGUUCCCUGCAGGCCUCCAGAAGCACUCUCUUUACCAGCCUUUUUAUUUCUCCUGCCAUCUUCCACUCGUACCACUUCUCAUCGUCACUCACUAUUCACUACUGCAUCUAGAACGAACCUACCUCUCGCUUGGUUCGUCCAUCUGCUUUGUGCCAUUCCCAUUGACAGCCAUGAUCGGCCUGCGCAACGCCUUCGUUUUCAGCACGCUGCUGCUGGGCGCCCUCAGUUCGCCUGCCCACGUUCCAGAAGAUGACAAUGCAUUGAUCAACUGGGACGCGUUCCAAUCUUUACUCGACACCGUCGAUCCUGCUGCCCUGCAUUCCGUCCUCCAUGCGCUCUCCCCGAAAUUCCAAGACGGGGUCUUCAGCAAGGACCGUGCAGCCAUUGAGCACGUCCACUCCGAGAAUCCCGUCAUUGCGAGCAAGCUGGUCCACCUAGCAAAGAAGAGACAGUCGAGCAACUCGACAACCACGGCAUCGACAACGCCCUCCACCCCUGCGCAGAGCAGUGCUGCCUCGGAAUCAAGCUCCCGUGCCGCCAGUGUCUCUUCCAUCCUCUCAUCCGCCAUCUUCGCAUCAACUGUACCAGGUGCCACGACUGUGACGGUGCCACCGACGGCCCCGGCCUCUGCCACUGCAGUCGAGACUUCAGACGGUGCUGUCGUGUUCAGCACAUUCGGAGGCGGCCUGGUAACCCUCACAUCCUCGGCGUUGAGUGUCCACUUUACUCCCAGCACCUCCACCCAGCUCUACUACGCGACCGCCGCCGACGGGUCUGUUUCGACGUCGACGUCAGUGGUGGUGGUCAAUGCACCGGUGACAGACAGCGGUGAUGCCACUGCCGCCGCCGGUGCUGCAACCACCACCGGAAGCCCCGGUUUGCAGAAUGGUGGUUCUUCGAUAAGAAUGGGUGGUCUCGCCUCUAUAUUUGCUGGCCUGGGAGGAUUGCUCUUCCUCGCACUAUAGGCAGUGUUGGGGUGGUCACUGGCUUAAAAGCAAGUUCCGCCAAUGGGUUUCCUGGCGGCUGAUGUGAUAUUUUUUGUGGGAUUUUCAGCGCACAUAACGACGAUACGGCACCGGCAUUUCUCUCCUUUGAUCAGCAAUCUGCAACGGGCAUAGCCUCGGGCGUUCAAGCACUUCCUCUUGGAAGUGGACUUUUUUUUCAGUAUGGUAGGCAAGGAAAUACACAACGUGUACAUGAAAGGGAUAUUGGUAAACCUGGACGAUAGAAGGACUUGGAUGAAGCUGAAGGACUGUGGAGGCUGCAACGGGGAGAUUAAGUGCGGCACUGAGAUAGUGUCCAGAUGUAAAGGACAUUAAUCAAAUUGUAUCCUGUCACCGAGACAUUGGCUUUGAGUUGUCGACAUUGUCCAACUUGAAAUCCUUCGCAUCUUUUCUUACGAUAGUCUCAAUGAAUCUCACCACGCUGACGCUCACGUGAUUUCUCC